ACUCCUUGCUGACAAGACAGGACAUUCCUGUGGCGAUGUCUAGGGUUAGAGAAGUGAGGGCAGGAAGCAGGUAUGGGGUGGCUGCUGCCUCCAGUACCCCCUUUUCCUCCUCUGGUUUCCUCAGGGAAGACUGUGAGAAAACAGAGGGGGCUGAAAAAUCCCAGAAGCUGAUGAUACCUGAAGAGGAGCAACGGGGCCAAGCACCAGUCCCACAACAAGAACAGCAUGUCAGCCCAUAUGUCUUGAUAACUCCAAAUGAAACAAGAAGAAACCAGUUGCAGCAAAUGGCUCAGAAAGAGCUAGAUGACCUGGAGAGGUGGAAGGAAGAACACAGGUCAGGGCCGAUUAAGUUGACUCCACAGAGACUGGGUGGAAAGGAAUCAGAGGCUCAAGCAAGGCAAAAACAACAGAUGAUGCUCAUGCAAUCUAAAUACCAGCAAAAGUACAAGAGAGAAGAAUACAUUAGAACAAAAAAGGCUGCUGAAGAAGCUGAAAUCCUGAAAAAGAAAGCAAUUCAAAGAGAAAAGGCAGAGAGGCUUGAAGCUAAGAAAAAGCAAGAAGAAAUGCAGAGAAGAGAAAUGUACUUCGAAGAUCAAUAUUACAAAACCACUGAAUUAUUGAACAGAUUGGACCUGGGUUUGCCAAAGAGUCACUCCUGUCAGAUUGCUAAUCGUGGCCCAGAAUCUACAGCAUGGACUAGAAGCCAUACUUACAAGCAAGCUCUUCAAGAGGAUGAAAACAGAAGAUUAGAGGAAAUGAAGCAAGAACAACGGAGGAAGGCUGAAUUAAUGGAAUUCAAACAAAAGCAGGAAGAGGAAGCCCGAACAAGAGCACACCAAAAUGAACAGAGGAGGGUCAAUAAUGCUUUUCUGGAUCGACUACAGAACAAAAUGCAAGCUAAUAGCAUCUACCAACGUGAAUAUUCUAGGAGUCCGGACUACUUCAAUAACAGCUGCUGGGGAUCAAAAUAUCUGGAAUAAAGGGUCCAUGUUGCCCAAAGAGCAAAGGACUUCCCAGAAGAGUUGAAGAAACAAGUAUGCACAGAUACCUAGGAAAUAAUGCACCUAGGAGUGAUUUUGCGGAUAACCUGGAUUCAGCUCCAGCGUCUGCCAUUGCUCUCUUGGGUGAUGAGAUGUAGUCACUAUUCUCUCUCCCUGCCUCAGUUUUCCCUUCCAGAAAAGGGGCUAAUCAAUGCAGCUUUUGUGAAGCACCUAUCAAGGAAAAAUGCUCUUUAAAAACAGUUUCCUUCAACAGACGAGGCUCCAGCUAUGUCUAUAACAAAGUCAAUGCCAAGACUACACAUCACAGUCAUAUUCCUACUUCAGUUUCAGACUGUCUUGAAAAAUCCUUCCUAAAAGCUAGGUGAAUGGAUUGAGCUGUUCAUCUCCAUGACUAUUCUGCUGGCUGCAGCUGGGCUGCCUGUUUGAGUGCAGCGUAUCUACAAAAGCUGAAGUCAACGGGAUUACUUCAUGAGUAAGGCACCCUCUCGUGCUAGGCAUUUGCAUUGCUCAUAAAAAGCCUCCACACCUAGCAAUUUGCUGCUAAACAUAACAGAGAAUAGUGGAGAUGUUUCAACGCAGCCUUAGCGGCAGGUGGCUUAGCAAUAAUUAGUCACAUUCUUCUCUUUUCACAAAGAUCAGUUCAUUCCAUGUUAUGUCUCUGCGGCUAUCUUAUUGAUUAGUAAUACAUGGCACAACCCAGAGAAGCCACUCCUAGGCAAAUGCAACUACUAGUUAAUAUACAGAAAAACAUGCAAUGAAAAAGUAACUGUGCAAACAAACUGCCUGAGGAAAGCAGAAAGCAGAGUCCACAGGGGGCAAACCGGUGUCAUGUUCACUGGGUCACGUUCCCAGGAGCCAGCUCUCCAGCUUGCGAUGCUCAGAGCUCUCCUGGUUCGGAGCAGAAGCGAGAGAGACUGUCCCAAGGCGACCUGAGCAAGAGAGUGGUACCAGGGAGCUCUCACAUAAAACAGGCUGUCCUUGAGGGACGAAGCCCUACUCAGCAGAAGCCGUUAGUGGCAUCACCUGCAGUAGGAGCUAUACUUCAUACAGCAGCAGCCAGUGCCACAGAGGAGCAUCCAACUUGCAGACUGAAUUAAUUAAUAGACUGCUAUUCCAUUGCUGUCUCUGCCAGCUGGCAUGUCAAUGCCUUUAAUAGUAUUAUGGAAACCAGCCAUUUGCUGGAUACCUUUAUGAGCUGAAGUAGCUUUCAAGACCCUUAGAUUUAAAAAAAAACAAAAACAAAAAAAACCCCACACACCUGUGAUGGACUUCCUCUCUUCCUGGGAUAAUGCAGUGUUAGUAUUUGGGAAAUCUCAAUAAUAUUGAUAUCUAUGUGCUUGAAUGAAGGAAUUUUUUCAUUCCAAAAGACGUCUGAUAUUCCACCCUGCUGUUGAGAAAACAUCAAGAAUUGUAACAUCAUUUGUUUCAUGUUCCUUCCAGUGAUGAUAAAACAGGUUUUUCCUAUUGUAAGUGAACAUUAUGUUGGUUGUUUGUCUUAUUUAGGUUAUAAAAGGCUUGUCUUGAGAUGUUUAUUAUUUACUCAAUACUUAAUUGCAGCACUGGCAUAUAUUCACAAGAAGGCAAAUACCAAUUUUUAUUAUCAGUCAGGUGGUCCUGGUUUUUUUGUUUUAUUUUGUUUUUUAGGCGGCAAGCAAACAAAAUAUCUUUGUUAUGUUUCAAGCAUUCAUCGAUCCUUAGGCAAAAAUAGAGCAAAAGUUCAGAAUAAUAUGACUGUUAUAUAAUAUACAUACAGUCUUAUUGUAGAAUGGCUUUUGUCCAUUUACAAUUCUGAUUGGCUGGUUGGGCAGAAGGAAAUUAAGCCAUAAAGAAUAAGUUGCUAUACAUGACAUUUCAUUUUGGAAUAAAUGGGAACAGAAAUGCACAGGCUGGGGUCUCCGUGCAUUCAUCUACCUGGGUAUCCAGAAAUGAAAUGAAAUGUCACAUACAGCUGCCCAAGCCCUCCACAGCUUAUUUCACUGUAUCAUUUCUGUAAAAUAUAGCAUUAAAAGGAAAUCCAAAACCUGGGCCAAUGUUGCUUGAGCAGUUUCAGCAUGAUCGUGUUUUUUAUCAUGCAGAUGACAGCUCUACUUUCUCUGUCUCUGCGCAUUCCUUUUAUGUCUGUCUGACUAUCCUAUCAUUUAGCCCCGCACCAGAAGGGCAACAGUGUGUAAUCUUGUUGUUUAGAAACUGGUCUGGAAGGUUCUCCCUAAGUUGAGGCUAGCUGAAUAGUCCUGCUACUUGUAUGUCUUUGAGCAGGUGACUAACUAACCACAGCAUGACCACUCUGUGAGAAAUCAAAACUAUUCUCUGAUCAGCACUUCUGUUUUCUUUUACUUAAUUUUCCUUUUCUUGGUACAGGAACAACAAUUAACAAGAGAGUGGAAAGCAAAUAAGUCACUUAAAAUACCCCAUAACAUUAAAAAGUACAUAUUUAAAAUGCAGUUUGAUAAGUAGCUCAUUUAUUCUUUUGCAGCCACUUUUGCUUUUUUCUGCAGUGAAAGAGAACAUUUUCUUUUCAUGGCCACUGGGAUGCCAGCAGGGGGUUGGCUUCAAUGAAAGCUACAUUUAGCUGUAAAUUUAGAUGUGGUGCCAAACUGUCAUGAUUAAAGAACUGUAUUACUUUGGGUCUUAAAAGGUGAACAGGAAUACUAUUAAGAAAAAAUGGCAUUGCUUUACAUAGUGAGGCAAAACGUCCUCGUAUGUAUUGUUAGCAGACACUUCAGUCAUUUUCUCCUAAGUGUAAUUUUUUUUUUCCUUAAAAAAAUUACAUUGCAUUGCUGCUCCAUUGCUGGUCUCCCGCAUGGGGCCAGACCAAAGCCCACAGUAGUCCCUAGGACUCCAUC